AUGACAUCUGUCAAAGAGCAGGAAGCCAUAGCCAUCAUGGUUUUCUUGCAGGAAUGGGAUAGUUGCCCACAAAGUUCCUCAAACAACUGUUGUGUCCUGAACAGCUUAAUUAAAACAAGCUUGCAGUCUUGCAGCCACAGAUACCUUACUGAAUUUCUGGAGACUGGAGGUGUCUUUAUUCCUCUGGAAAUACUGAGGCUAAACCACCUGAAGGAAGAGGACAAAGGAGAAAUUAUAAAGCUGCUGUUGCCCACUGGAGACAGUGGCAGGGAGUAUAAGGAGCUCAUUUGUGAAAGCUGUGGCUCAUCCAGGCACAAAGGUUGGCAUCUCUUUCUCUGCACAAGGGUGCAAGCCCAGACCAAGUUCUUAAACACCUCCAACUCAGCAGAAGGUCAAAAAGAUGCAGAGGUUCUUCUGGACUCUUUGGGCCACAGCAGCCCCUAGUACCAGAGCCAAGAUUCCCAAGGCCUCGAAGCUGUGCUGUUGUGUACCUCCCCCCAAGUCCCGCACGGGGCUCUGCAGACACUCAGGGUCAUGCAGGAUAUGACGGGAGAUGUGCCCUGUCUGUUCAUGGAGCCCAUGCUGGGUGUGCUGUGCUCAGUACACCUGGAGGUCGAGUACAAAGGUAAGAUCUGUCUACCCACCCUGGGCGGUGUGGGGCUAGCCUGGGUAAGUGCGCCGGGGGCGAAGGGCAGGCACAGCAGGUCUGUGUCGAGCGUCCCCGGGGCCCCGAUCCUGCCGGGCUGCGACCGAUACGGGCCCGGGCGGGGAGGGGCGUCUUAUUCGUAUUCAGGAAAAUUUGCAUACCCAGGGUGCACCGCGCGGGGGUGCCGCACACACCGUCAAGUUCGGGCCGCUGCUCCCCGGUACCGCUGGUCCGGUGCAAGGCCGAGCUCUGACCGGUGCCGGGACAAUGGGACGAGGCAGAUGAAGGUCGAACCUGGGUGCAACUGGCGUCGCUAUAUCUUAGCGGGGACAGCCAUGAAUGGAGCAGAUUACGCCUCCGGUGGCUUAGAAAGCUUAGGCAUGUAUGCGGUGUACUAG